UUGGAUGCUGGUCUAUUUUCGGAGCUACAGAUGUUUUUGCUAAACAUGGCUUAGUAUUGAUUCUGUGAAGGCUGGAAUAGUACCAUGAAGGUUGUCAAUAGCUCCAUUAAGGAAGAAAGAAUGGAUCUUGAAGUGGGUAAAUGGGAUAAGUUGAAAAGCUGGAAUAAAGUGCAGGAAGACAUUGGCGAAAUGCUGAAAAAUGUGGAAAAAUUUGAUGACAGCAUGACACUGUACUAUGGGCCUCAGCUUUAUCACACAUUACGACAUCCAGCUCACAUCAAAUGUAUGACCCAUUUUACAUCCAACAUUGGAGAGAAUUUUGUGUCCCAUUACAGACUUGGAACUCAGGAUCAGCUUAGUGUUUGGACACUCAAAUCAGUUGAACGUGUAGCCAAAUGUGAAAACCAAAGGUUUAACAUCACUGGUGAAGUAAAGGCUUUCCUGUUUAUACCUAAACACAGGGCUUAUAUGUGCUUUUGUUCUGAUCUUGUGAUGAGAAUGUACACUGAUGUCCACUCAAACUGUUCAGAAUCGUGGUCCGAACAAUGUCUAACCACAGUCAGAUGUAUGGCUUACAACAGGGAGACAGACGAUGUGUAUGUCGGAGGUGUUGGAGUUCUGCAGAAAUGGAAGAUUAGUGGAGCAGAGCAUUCAGCCAAAGCAGAACCUGGAGACGUCUUCAACACUGAUUUGCAAAAAGACGAGUGGGUGAUUGACAUCAAAGUUGAUACAAGAAAUAAACAGUUAAUGGCCGUCACUUACGAAGGAGUAUAUGUUGUCAACUAUGAGACAAUGAAACAGACUCAUCACUUAGAAAACAGACAUGGGAAUUCUUUAAGAUGUUGUUGUUUCUAUAAAGACAGAGAAUACUUUAUUACUGGAGGAGGUGAUGGAGCCAUCAAGGUCUGGAAUGCUGUUGUAUUUACUCAGGUCCAUGUGUUUUAUGGGCACCAUGAUGUCAUAACAGCUCUGCAGACCCACAAAACAGACCCUUUGCUGUUCUCUUCUUCUUUAGAUGGUAGUGUACAAAUAUGGAGAAUGGAUAAUUUCUCAAAGUUCAUGAGAUUAGAUCUAGGAGACAAGAUAUACAGCAUGAAACUUAUUGGUGAUGAAGAAUUCUACUGUCAGACAGAAAACCAGAUCAAAAUCUAUAGUCUUAAUCAGUUUUACAACCUCUUUGCUCCAGUAGAAUCAUCUGUUUACAAGUUACAGCUCAGCUCAGGGGUCAAAGGUCAUCCUAGCAGGAUCAUCGCUUCUACUGAGGAUGGCUCUGUGAGAUUAUUUUCUCCUGUUACUGGGGCAACACUGACUAUCAUCUAUCCAAUGCCAACCUUUCAGGUACUGUCAUGCUUUGCUUAUAGUCGAGAGAAAAACAGACUUCACUCAGUCUUACAAAAUGGAGAAGUGUUGCUAUUUAAUUGUGAUACAAAUCCAUGUAAAGCUGUAGAAGUCUGGAUCCCACAAACAACUGAUGAGGAAGUCUUACAGAUAGUACAGUUAACUCUUGCUUAUGAGAAGGAAGAGGCCAUUGUCACAGAUACAGUUAUUCUGGGAGGGAUGCGCAAUGGUCAGAUUUGCUUGUUGGAAGCUGCACAGUCUGUAAUGAUAAAAAAUGUCCAAGCUCAUGUUGGUACCAUCACCUGCAUGGAAGGAGCUACAGAUAUUGGGAUGACUGGUUUCAAACUACUCGAGACCAAUAGAAAAAUGGCAACAGGUGGUGAUGAUCUUUUCAUCAAAAUCUGGGAGAUAGGUGUCAAGGCAGGGCAAUUGUUUGACAGUAUUUUUAUACAGCUUUUGAUAAAGAUACCAUGUGUUGGGAUGCCAGAACACAUAUGUAUGUAUGAGAACACAAUAAGUGUGUCAACAUCUGAUGAUUCAGACAAGGGCAAGUUGCACAUGUAUAGAUUGGAUGGACAGGAAAGUAAAGAAAUACAGAUCACAACACUUCAACACACACAAGACGAAGAUCACACUGAACAUAUAACUGCUAUUGAUAAAUGCCCUCUACUGGGACUGUUUGCUACUGCUAGUGAAGAUGGUUAUAUUAAGAUUUGGAAUCGUCACAACCAGUUGAUCCGAGAGAUGGGAUUUGGUGAACCUAUGCAUGGUCUGUGUUUUGCCAACGUUAGAGGAGAUAUAUUGAUAGGAUUUCAAAACCAUAUCUGUACUAUUCCCUUGACAAGUUAUUUCCCAAAGAAUUACUUAGAAAGAAUUACAAGACAAGAGUUCAAGGAUGAAGUCCGAGAAAUUCCUUUAGCUUACAACCAUAGAAUCAAACCUUGGUUUGAUCCAAAAGCCUUGCCAAAAUUUUCUCUAUCACUUACUAAAAGAACAGAAGAAAAGAAACCAGUUGAAGAAGAGGACAUUUUAGAAGAUUUGGAAUUAACCCCCAGGGUACCACAGUGUAGUCCUGAUAUUAAAAUUGAGGAAGAAUUAGUAAAGCCAGAUUUCAUAGAAAUACCAGCCAUCACUAAAAGUUUUCAGGCAUCAUAUGUUAAAGAAGUUCAAAAGGAAAUUUAUAAAGAAAAAAAAAAGAAAUUAGAACUGACAGGAAAGGAAGAAGAAGAAGAUUCAGUGUUUGAUAGAGGUUAUUCAGCUCCAACACCUGUACCUGCUAAAAGAAUGAGGAUAGAAAAAGCAAGAGAAGAGAGAAGAAAGAGUGACACGCUAUACUUUGAGAAACUAUCCCAAUGGGAACGCGACUUGUUCAAACGGAAGCCAAUAAUAGCCCCAGAUGGGUACAUACCAAACUCUGCUGUAAGGAAAGAACUAGGAUAUGUAACUCCAGCUUCACCACUUAGAAAGAAAAAAGAUACUUGGACUAUAGAAUCUAUAAAGGUACCAGCCUCGACUCAACCGGUUGCCAAGACACAAGAAGAACAGGCAAAAGAGGAUCACCAUUGGGAAGAGGUCAAGGCCAGAUAUUUACAAUUUUUGGAUGAGUCAGAGACUGAAUUAGAAUCAGAACAUGAAGUAUCUCGUCCACCUCGAUAUGGGGGACGCCCUAAUAAUGGCAGACAACGUGGGAAAAAACAAAGCAGGGUUUACGAUAGUGAUGAUGACCUUGAAUUUGAUGAUAGCGAGGAUAUAACUGAUGCUGAUAUUUUUGAUGGUUACGAUUUGGAAAUUGUUCAACCGGAACCUCCCAGACAAAGAUCAGGGUCAAAUAAAAAGGUUAAGGCCAGGUAUCUGAAAUUCCUGGAUGAUAACAGUGAGGAUGACAAAGUUUCCUCAUCUGAUGAUAGUGAAUUAGAGGGAGAUAACAAAGACCCUCGGCAAGGUGUUGGUGGCGCUAGACCUCGUAAUGUUGGCAGAGGUCGUGGCAAAAAGAAGGUCAGGCUUGUUGAUAGUGAUGACGACGACAUUGAAUUUGAUGAUAGCGAGCCAGUGGAAGAUACAGAUAUCUUUCCUCCUGGUUACGAGGCCGAGAUCGGUCAGGAUUUUGUCGGAGGUCCAUACUCUUUGUUACGUGCUGGCUCUGAUUUGAAGGAUUUCAGGCCAUUAAGUUGGGGAGACGAUGAUGGAAGUAGAUCCACUAAUAGUGCUACACCAUGGAGAAAGAUGUCAAACUUUAUGAGGGCCAGUUCUACCUUAUCUAAUCAGUCAACAUCCUCUUCCAGACGAGGACCUAAAGGGAACAGGCGUUCAACACCCACAACUCCUAAAUAUGACCUAAAGGCUAAGAAGUUUGAUUUGCACAGACUAGAUUUAGAUAUGGGGACUCCAGACAGGAUGCGGAGGUCAUUAGGUACUAAGAGUAGAGAGAGGACUAAAUCAUCAUUUAGACUUACCAAUAUGGUUGUAGAUGAACAAUCAACAAAUGUCACUUUUAAGGAUGACAGUAAGUCAGGUCACAGGAAAGGCAUGUUACCAGCUGUCGAUAUGGAUGUAAUCCGUCAAUUGAUGGAUGACUUUUUCCCUGAUUUACGUGGCACAGCCUCAUUUGAUUCCAUCCUGCAGAAUCUAAUCAGAAUGUUGGAUACAGAAGACGAGGAACUCCAUAGAAGAAUCUGUGAUUAUGUCAUUUCUAUACAUAGGGAUAUAGGUAUACAGGAUCAUUACCUAGACAGAAUUAUCAGUAAAUUGUCUGUACAGCUAGGAGGAGAUAACUCUUCAUUUAAAAUGGAUGCAUUGCGAACCUUGAAGGUGAUAGGUGUUGACAGACAGGAUGUUCUAGCUAUUGUACUGCCAAGACUUAUAGACUCUCAGGAAGAUAUUAGAGAGCAAGCUAAGGAAGUAUUGGCUGCAUUAUGUGGGGUGGAGAAUAAAGAUGAAUUACUUGAACUGAUGAACUCAUUGGGAAUGACAAAACAAUUUGAUACCAAGGAAGCAGAGGAGGAAGCAUUGAAGGAGCUGGCCAUGAGGUUAGAUGUUCCGUACAGAUCUGAUAGUUUUGCAGACUGGAUCAACAACUGGGUAGAUGACGCCUCGUCCAUAUAUGAUAGUGAACCAGAGGUCAAGUUGGAUGAUAUAGACAAAGCAUGGGAUGGUAGACAGCGUAAGUGGAAACCAGAGUCUCUGUACCUUACUGAAUCUGCCAGUCGAGCUUCCACUAGGAUGAGAGAGUUGUCUUUCCUUAGUAAAGGAUCACCAAUAAGAGGUUUGACUGAUCUUUCUGGUACCCUUAGUGGAUAUGAUGAAUACCAGUCAGAUUACUCACACAGUGAUGAGGAAGCUGACAUUCACUCAACCAUGACAAAUUACAAACAAAGGGAUCAGGAAGGUCAAAGUUUAAUAGUAGAAGACUAUGACCCGGAAUAUACUAAAAAUUUACUCUUGAAUGAUUUGAUGAGGGAAAAUAAUGAUGGAAAUUUUGGAAAUGGUGAUAAAAUUCUUCAAGAGAGGAGUAUGGAGAACAUCAAUGAUAUUGUAAUUGAGGAUAAAGUUGUUUUAAAUCGUCCAAACUCAAAUGUGGAUAUGACUGAAGACGUCAUUAUGGAAGAUGCAACUACACAGACAUUUGAUAAAGGAAUGGACAGUUCUGAAAGUCAGAAAAAAACAAAUGGUCUGGAUUCUGAUCAAGUUGCUCGAGAGGGUACUCCUAUACAGGAAUUAGACGAGAAUGAUGUAGAACAGUUAAGGAUAGAAGAUCUUGAAAAAAUCAAAACACAAGGACAGUUAUCAGACAGAUCUAGUAGGUCCAGCAAUAGAAGUAGACGCAGUGUCAAAAACGGCCAGGCUGAAAUAUUAAAUUUGCCUGGACAAGGCUUCCUGGCAAGAGAUGAGCCUAUUUUACACCUUAAGGAAGGAACAUCUUACAGCGCAGAGGAGGAGGACUGGUUUGAUCCUAGAGAUCCUAGUUUAUACAGAUAUUAUAAAAACAGGUACAACAAAGAAAGAGAAACUGAUGGAAAAUUCAGUUAUAAGAACAUGAGUAAAUUAUUCAGUAAAACCCAGCUUGGUGCUGGUGAAGAUACAGAUAGUCAAAUUGGGUCAUUGGAUAGCCAUAGUCAGGUUGGUGAUACUAUAAGCACUAAUGACUCAGGUAUUAUUAGUAUCCAGGACUCAGGAAUUGGACGUGAUAUGUCUGAUACUUACAGCUACAAAUCUCAGAAAGCCAGUCCAUUCCUGUCAAAAGAGAAGAUUGUAGCUAGAGCUGCAUCUUAUAGGCCAAGAGUGGAGUCCCACAGAAAACAUAACCUUUCACCUGUCAAGUCUAACAGUACUAUUGGAGGAGCUUCUGCAAAGUCAACACCAAGAGAACAAGAACCAGAUUGGAUGAAGUUUUUCCAGACCCCCACAGCAUUAGAGAGAAAGAGAAUGGAAAUGGUCAAUAGAGAAUUCAAUGAAGGCAAGAUGAAACCGGGAUCUGCUCUGGUUGUCAACUACAUCAGUGAAGGCCUGCCCAUGUUGCCUGGUGAGGCAGGGUUAAGACUUCUGAAGUCAGUCAAAGUGGGUAGGCACAAGGGUUCUAUAACACCAGCGGAAGAAAGACAUCACAUGAUAGAAUCUAUACCAGGGAAACUAGGUGUUCAUACAAAGGAUGAGGACAAGGGACAAUCCAAAUUUGGUAUUUUACAAAUGCAAUGGACCACAGCUAUUCCAGCACCUGUGUCACAUAACCCUUAUCCUGAGAGAUAUUCUGCCAUGUCUGGCAUGUCUGAUGCAACCUCUGAACUAGGUGGCAGCACUGUACGGUCAGUUCAAUCCAAAAGACAUCUCCCUGCUAUUAUAGAAAAGUAUGGAAGAUCUGAAAGGACUGAUACUUCUGAGAUGACUGACUUCCCUCACCUUCCUGGAGGAAUCUAUACUCCUGACUAUAAAUGGGAUUAUCCCAUCCCACCACCCCCUGCAAAGGAAUCUCGGAUCAGUAUACCUUAUAUAAAGAAAGAACAUGAAAGAUACUGCAAAUAUUAUACAUUAGUGAAGAAAAAGAUGCAAAAUUACACAUCAAAAACUCGGGGAAGCCAUAAAAUGAAUUCAUCACUUCCGAGAGUAGAAAUUAAGAAAGCAUUUCCAGAGAAGCUAAAGUUACCAAAGGAACUGACUCAGAUUUCACGUGUCUCUAGUGUUUUAUUUCCACCAAUCACAUUGAAUCAGCUGAUGUCCGCACGAACGUAACACAACUAUUAAGAAAUGUAUCAUUUUUCUACGAAGAAAAAAAUGACUGAAUGUCUGGAGGGAUGUACUACAAAUGUAAAAAGGCAAAAAUUAGGCUAUAAUGCUAUGAUAAUUGUUACUUUGAAAUCUACAUUGAAUAGAAUAAAAUUUGGAUGGAAAAUCUUUUUUCAGAAACUAAAGCUGCAUAAAAAGUGUUGAUUUUAUUUUUGUGCAGGACACAAGGAUUUUAUAUUGGUUGUUAAUUUCUCUUAAGUUAUUUAAGUUGUUGAUAUGAAAAGAAUAUCGUUUAUUUCUAGUAUAGUAUUUAUUGAUAAAAAAAAACCAUGUGAAUUCAUAAUUUUAAAUAUAUUCUUCAAUGUGAUUAUGAAUAUGAUUUAUAUGAAUAAUUUUUUUAAGGAUAUGUCUUAGCUACAAUUAAACAACACUCUAAUAUUGAAGUGAAAGACUUUUACUUAUAAAUAACACUUUAUAUCUAAAUAAUAAUUUUUGUUCUAGAAAUCACAUAGAAUAAAAAUAUCCAGAAUAUCAAUUAUUUAUAAAAGUGCGUACUCACUUAUUAUAGUCUUUGUUUUCACUUAGUUCAAGACAACAAACAAAAUUUCUUGAGACAUAUAAGACAACAUUACCUAUAUUUUAGUGAAGUUGAUAAUAUAUAUAUGAUAUUUAUAUGUAUGAUAUUACAUUUCAAAUCAAAUUAUGCUCAAAUAUUGACUUUCACCACCAUAAUUUAUCAUAUUCAAUUAAAAAUCCUUAAUUUAGAUUCAAAAUUCUAGACUUGUUCUUAAAAAAUUAAAACUUCUGAACUUAAAAAUUUACAAAUUUUACAAAAUAAGUGCUAUAAAACACUCUUUAAUAACUAUACAAUAUUGUGAUAAUGAUGCAGUUUUUUGUUAUCUUGUUAUUAAUGAUGGUUUGUUUAUAAUUUGUUAAUCAUAAUAAACACAUUUAACUGUUAA